GCCAGGCCGGCCUUGCUCUGCUGGCGGAGGGUCCGCGCGGCGGCCUCCCGGCCCUGCCCGGCAAGGCGAGGCCGCUCCAGCCAAGAGUUCCCAGAAAUGGCCUCAGCCGGGGAACCGCCCGCCGAAGCAGGAGGAGGAAGAGGCGGCCCCGUCCAGCCCCGGCCGCCCCUGUCUCGGGCCCGCCCUCCCCGAACGCGCCGGGCCGUUGGGCGCCUCCGCAGCCGCAGGCGGGCCUCGCGGGCGCCUCACCCGCCUCCCAGCGCCGCCGAGCCGAGCCGAGCCGAGCCAAGCCAAGCGGGCCCUGCGCGGCUUCCCCCCCAGGACCCCCGCCGGGUGGGGCCGCGGAGAGGCCCGGCCCGGCCCGCGCUCAUGCCCCCGCCUGCGCCCGCGGGCGCCGUGGCCAGAGGCGCGAUGGCCACGCACAUGACCGACGCCCACCGCCAGUUCCUGCAGGCCUUGAUGGCUCUGGGCAUCGUGGAAAGCGCCGAAGCCGCCGCGCUGCACCGGCAGUGCUGCGAGCUGCACAAGGUCUAUUAUGCUACUGAUAAACUGGAUGACUUCGUCAAUGUAGCUAACCUUCAGCUGCAACCUUUGUUUCUGGAGAUCAGGAAGGGCGUGGCAGAGGACACUGGCAGAACAUGCUACGCUUUGGUAAAUCUGGCAGAAACGGAAGUCACCAAAAUGGCAAACGACUGUUCUGAAACUGAGUUAGAACUCUUCAAAAAAAUAAUGGAUCUGAUCAUCUUGUCCGAAAACGGCUUUGCGUCUUCCACUGAGAUUCUGAACUCGGCUGACCAGCUGAAACCCAAGAAGAUGAAGAAGGAGGAGGCAGAGCAAGUAUUGCGCCGCUUGGUCCAGAGCAAGUGGCUUUCUGAGAGAGAGGGCGAGUACACGCUGCAUACCCGCUGCAUCCUGGAACUGGAGAACUACAUCCUCGGCCAUUACCCGGACACGGCCCGCAAGUGCCACAUCUGCCACAGCCUCCUUAUCCAGGGUCAAGUGUGCACAGCAUGUGGGAUCGCAAUGCACUUGCCUUGCUUAGCCAAAUACUUCCGACCACAGACGGAGGCUCGUUGCCCGCACUGCAAACAGUUUUGGCCUCACCAGAUCCCAGGCACAGCGAUAGGCUCGCCAGCUGCUCCUCUCUCCUCCAGUACCCCAAAGGAGAACAGGAAAAUCCCUCCUGUGAGACCAAGAUGGCGGUAGAGGGAUGGUUGGCGAGGGUCCGGUCCUUCCAGAGUAGCUGCUUCAACACUGUGCCACAGGGCUUCCGGCAUCAGUUCCUGAUAUUAAAAAGUCUUGCAAUA